GUGGUCACACCGGAUGCAAGGCAUAUAAGAUUCGAUGGCUUCUACAAAAAAUUGAUUUGUCCGCUGUCCUUGGUUGCUUCUCAUCCAACAGAGGUUUCACUUCAUCAAUAGCGCAGAAAGAUGAGUGUGGAGUACCAACUCUCAAAGAUAGAUGAUACGGACAUGACCAGAAGUGAAAUUGCCUACAAAAAUUUUUCCUCUGAUGGGAAAAAUUUUCUCAUUUCAGUUUAUUCCCUGAGAAGCAAGAGCUUUAAGGUUGCUACAAUUGGCCUUGGACUGCUCUGCGUUGUGCUGGUGGCAUGGCUAAUCGGUCAGAGUGUUCACAAUCAAAAGGUAAAACAAGACCAUCAGGACACAUUAAAAGCCCUCAAUGAAAACAAAGAGCAGCUUCAAGCAAACCUGAAGACAGUGCAAAGUGCAAAAAGAGAGCUAGAAGCCAAUUUGAAGGAGCAACAGGGAAAUAGCAAUUACUUAUCCAGACAAAUAGACAUACUGCGUUCCAAUAACAGAGAACUAACAAAUGAGAGAAAUGAUCUUAAGAAUAAGCAAAGAGAGGCAGACGCCAACAAAACUGCUUUAAACAACGAGUUGGGACAGCUGAGAGACAGUACAGCCCGGCUGCAGAAAGAAAGAGAUUCAUUGAGCACUGCCCAAACCAACUUAAAUACACAAUACAACGCAGUUGUCAAAAGAACCAAAGAACUACAGGAUAAUUAUGACACUGCUACUAAGGACAGGAACAAUUUACAGAACAAAUUUAACAAUGUGAGCAGAUCUAGAGAUCAGCUCCAGUUAAGAUACAAUGACAUGAUCAAUAAGAUGGAGGAGCUACAUGACAAAUACAACUUCUCCUUAAGUGAGAAAGGCAAGCUGUCGAGCAUCCACCUAAACCUUACAGCUGAAAUCAAAGUACUGGAAGACUUGAACAAUAUGCUGAGAAAGGCAGAAAGUACCUUGCAGAGCUCAUAUGGAUCAGUGCAAAGGGAGAAAAGUGAACUUCAGAGCAGCCUGAAGAAUGUAACCGCUGAGCGAGAUCUUCUGAAAGCAAACGUUGAUAACCUGACUGCUGAGCAAGAGGAGCUGCUGGGGAGAAUCGACAAACUGAAUGCAACUCUUCAAGAGAAACGUUGCCCUGCUGGCUGGAGGAAGUUCCAGUACAGCUGCUACUUCCCCUCUACCACCAAAAAAACCUGGACGCUAAGCAGAGAGGACUGCCACAGCAAGGGAGCAGACCUGGCCAUUGUGACCAGUAAAGAUGAAAUGAACUUCAUCAACAGCUUGUACAAUGACAAAGAGGUGUGGAUCGGUCUGACUGACGGAGGAGUGGAAGGGCAGUGGAAAUGGGUUGAUGGAACACCACUGACUUUAAUGUUCUGGGCUCAAGGGCAGCCAAACAGCCAUCAAGGGAGGAACCAGGACUGUGUGGAGGUCUGGCACCGUACCAAAGGGGAUGGUGACUGGAAUGAUGAGAAUUGUAGCGUUGAACAACACUGGAUCUGUGAGAAGUAGCUUUCCUUUGCAGCUUUGCUUCCAAAAUACAUUCAAUCACUUUAUCAUGUAUGUGAACAUAUUGUGAUCAGAUAAGACCAAAAUCAGCAAUUUUGAUCUACAUUCAAAAUGGUAUAUGUGAGGAAAAACUAAAAAUGCUGUGAGCACAGCGUCCCCACAGUGAGACACGGUGGUGGCAUCAUCAUGCUGUGGGAAGGUUUUUCUACAGCAAUUACAGUAAAGCUUGUAAACUCAAUAGCGUUCACAGAAUGUAAUUAUUUACAUUUUUUGGUCUUGAAAAAGUUUUCCUUUCUUUUCACUCAGUAUUUUCUGCAGUGUAAUUCGCAUAUUUGGACUUGCGCUGCUAUUUCAUUUGUAAAAUGGAGCUUGCUGGCGAUCUGAUUUUUUUUUCUUAUUGUUGAACUGAUCAUUAUUCCGACUCCAUCUGAAAAAGAUCUAUAUAACACAGUUGUAUCCAUUUGUUCUGAAGUGUGCUUAAAAGAUUUCAUGCUUUGAAAUUUUUUUUGAAUGAAAAUAUAUAAAAAAAGUACGUUUUUUUUCUAGCUGGUAAUUCUGCGUGAGAGUUUAGUAACACUUAGAUUUCAGUCUUUUUUGUACUAACGUCUUGUCGGAAUCCAGAUUAGAGGUUGUACAUUUUUUAAUACCAAACCAAUUUAUGCUACUGAUAACUUGAUUCUGUGAAUAAAAAAAUCAUUUUCUUGAGAGUAUACUUGUAACUAUUAUGUGGUUGUAUGUUGUAUUAUUUAGCUUAUUAUUGAUCAUAGUUAAGUUGCAUUCUUGAUCCAAAGUCUCGUUCUCUCCAAUCCGUUCUUGCAGAUUUUCUCUUUUGAAAUGUGUGAUCAAGUCAUUGUAAACCUAAAUGUAUCUUAUUAAAUGAGAAUAAUGAACACAGUGUAA